ACCAGGACAUGAAGGCAGACUCACUGCGGCCAAAGAAGUGAAAGAAGUGACUGUUUUCAGUCAAAUUGAGGACACGAGUUCAGGGCUCAGUGACAUGGAUCCCCUCUUUGCUGCUCUGACUUGUUGCCUUUUGGCCAGUCCUUUUGCUGUGGCGCAAACAGAAAAAGGGGAUUUCCCAGUCACCACAGUGAAACCUUCUGUCUCAAGCAUGACACAAACAACUGCAUUAAUAAUGUCAUCGACCUCCAGUGUAAACACAACUGUUGCUUCAAACGUGACUGAAGACACAACAGCCCCGUUCAGCAGCACAACCUGGGACAAUGAAACGCUCGAAAAAACCACAAUCCACCCGCAGACUUCUCAGUCAACUACCAUCAUGACUCCUCUGACAAACAGUUCCUCCCUGGCGACCAGCACGCCUGCCGCUCACACUCCAACAUUAACUGUGUUGACAGUGCCAGCGAGUGAGACCACAACAGGUUACACAAGUACACCUGGUACUACAGAGAUUACUAGUGCAAAUUCAUCUCGCACUGUUAAAACAACUUCACAUCCAGUGGACAGAAUCACCAAAGGUUUAGGACUAAACAUUUCAGAAGAGAACAUGACGAUUGUCUUCAGCGUCGUUCUGGGAGUUUUUGCCCUGUCACUGGUUAUAUUCAUGUAUCACAGAUGCAGACAAAGAAUCCAAUACUUGCAUCAGCCGUUAAACAACUCUGACUUCCCGGAUGCUUUUGUAGCAGAUGACGAUACGCUCAUAAUCUCUGGAGGACUUUAUGAAGGACAUCCCAUCGAUGAUAAUGUACCUACAGUCCCAGAAGACCAAUCUCAGUUUCGCCUCGAGUUCCUUCAAUAAGCAGAGACAGUUAACUACCGUUUAAAACAUCAUCUACACACAACCAAGUUUCCUCAUCUCCCAAUUUCAAGAGAAAAUUCUUCAUGAGGACGGGAAAAUGAUGAAAACAUUCAA